GAGGUAGAUAAAAAAAGCUAUCUACCUGUACGCAUGCAAUUGUUGAAAGCUCUUUGAUAUUGCCGUAAAGCCGGUUAGGCUGAUUAGCCGCUUGUCAGAGAGUACAUGAUCUAGUUCUGUCGGAUUGUUUGAAAAUAAUGAGUAACGACAAGAGGACACGUGGGUGUGUAGUAAUCAUUCCCAUAAUGCAUCUGAGAUUACAUGAAGACCUGUUGGAUCACGUAAAAGAGAAAGCUUAGAUCUUGCUGCGUUACGAAAAGUAGUUCUCGGAUAAAAGUAAGAAUGAGCGGAUACAUUUUAAUUCGGUUUAUAUAUUGUUUGGAAAGUGUUAAUUUUUAGUUUGGAAUUAAUUUCUGUUCGCAAUGAAUUGAAGAUUAAAUCGAUGUAAGUAAUGCCGGUGCUAAUUCACUACAGGUAUAUUCAUUUUCUAUGUGAUUUAUUUGAAAUUUAAUCAAAUGUGACAUGGAAUGAUGCAAGGAAGUAAAAACAAUGAUCUAAAAAUUUGGAAUACUUGUUUCUAUUAAAUAUUUCACAAUGUCGGCCGUGGACUUUUCAAGGCGUUCUUUAAUUGCACCAAAGUCGUCAAUUUUACCGCGUCCAUCGGGAAGUUGUUCUAGAAGAAAUGAGCACAAAAUUGUUAUCAACGUUGGUGGCAUAAGGUAUGAAACCUACAGAUCCACCCUCAAAAACAUUCCAGACACUCGACUUGCUUGGCUUACGAACUAUAAAGGUGGACAUAAUCCAGAUUUUGAUUCCGAGUCAGGAGAAUAUUUUUUCGAUCGCCAUCCUGGAGUUUUUAAUAUGAUAUUGAAUUACUACCGGACAGGAAAGCUGCAUGCGCCAACGGAUGUGUGUGGGCCAUUAUUUGAAGAGGAAUUAGCCUUUUGGGGUUUGGAUGAGAAACAAAUAGAGCCGUGUUGCUGGUCUAAUUAUCGAGCUCAUCGAGAUGCUCAAGAGACCCUUGCCGAGAUGGAUGGAGGCGAUGUUAUGAGUAACGAGUCAGACACGGAAUCAUGCCAUUUAGAAGACAUUCGUGAAAAGUUUGGUAUAAUUGAAGAGCAUAGUCUGGAGAGUAAAUCUUUCUGGGCAAGGUUUAAACCAAAGAUAUGGAAAAUACUUGAUGAACCUACGUCUUCAACGUCAGCAAAGAUAUUUGCCUUUGUGUCUUUCACAUUUCUGAUUAUUUCCAUAAUGUCUUUCUGUCUCGAAUCACAUAUCAUGUUCCGCGAAUCUGUGAUGCCAGAUAUUAACAUUACCAAGUUGACCGUCAGAGAAAAAGAGGUAUUGACCAAACCGAUGCUCUUUCUAGACAUAAUUGAAUACAUUUGUGUUUUCUUUUUCACUGUCGAAAAUAUUCUUCGACUUGUAUUCUGUCCCGACCGAAAACAUUACUUAAAACAAGUGUUUAGCUGGAUAGACAUUAGUGUCGUCAUUCCGUGUUUCUUUUGUUACAUCAUGCUGUUAGUAGAAAGUGACGUCAGAAGUUCAGUAGCGUUCAGGUUCAUGAACGCACUAAGGUUGAUAAGGAUAUUCCGGAUCUUUAAGCUAACGGUCCAUGUCAGUGGACUAAAAAUCUUAGGACAUACAAUAAAAGCAAGUGCCAAGGAAUUAUUGUUACUAUUUUUGGUGCUGAUAAUUGGUGUAUUGAUAUUUGCCUGUUUGAUUUAUUAUGCUGAACAAGUGCACGAAGCGGAAGUUAAUUCAUUUUCAAAUAUUCCAAGAGGAUUUUGGUGGGCAGUUGUUACCAUGACAACAUUAGGUUAUGGUGAUUUAUAUCCUAGAACAGCACUCGGCUAUAUAAUUGGAACAGUCUGUGCUGUAAGUGGUCUUUUGAUGUUAUCAUUACCAGUCCCUGUGAUUGUCAGCAACUUUACAUUAUACUACACACAUGCUCAAGCACGCCUAAAACUUCCAAAGAAAGCAAAGAAACAAGCGCUUCUAAGUGCCGCAAAUGCACUUGUUGACCCUGACGUAGCUGAUACAACAAGUGAAGAGUCUACAGCGACAAAGAACAACAGUCUUCCAAGGACCAGUAGUGAGGAUUCCGCCUUCGGUAGCUAUCCCGAUAAAUUCAAGGAAAUUAAUGAAACCUAUUUAAGGGGGAAACGGAAGUCAGCACCGCCUUUGUACAAUGGUAAGAACGGUAAGGUUGGUAUCAGCGUCAUUUUUACUGAAGAAUCACCAAAUGCCUCGGAGGACCCAACCUUAUCUAUAGAAAGCAUUGAUAAAAUUAAAGACGAAACUGUUGAUGAUAAAGUUUCCGAUGAAGAAAUUUCAUUGCAGUCACGUGACAGUCUAACGCCACAUAGACAUUCCUUUGAUCAAAAUUUCCCAAGGCGACAGAGAAGAGUCAGUUUGGUGCCACCAGGGAUUACAGCAUCUAGAAGAAGUUCUAUACGUUCUGCAAAGAGCAACAAUAGAUGACGUCACGGAGCUGUUGUCAAAUGUAAUAUAUAACUAAAUCAUUGAAUCUUUAAUGUUUCUUUCAUAUUUUGACAAAAUUAAAACAAAACACAAAACCAUGUAUGCAGUUUGUAUUUAAACAUUUGAUGAAAUAAUUGUGGUGCAUUCCUUAAGCAAUUUUUAUAUUCCAUUUUUCCAAAUCCUACUAUAUAUAGUUCUUAUUAUAAAUCGUUUUCACUAGUCUAUUGGUGUAUGACUUGUUUUCAUCUCAUUUUUUUACGAUAUGGUUUGCAGAAAAUAUAUUAAUAGUAUUGUUUUUAAGCAACGUGUUUGGAUAAAUUAGUAUUCAUAACUUAUAGAAUUACAUGAAUAAGAUUUGUUUUGAAAAAAAUUAGCAGAAAGUAUGAAUAAAUAUUCAAAUUGUAUUGUUUUGUCUUUAUGUGUAUUUAAAAAUAAAAUAAAAUGUGAUACUAUUUAACACAUGUUUAUCAAUUUGCCUUUAAACAAAAUGUGCCUUAAGCGAAAAUAUUUAUAUAUUUUUGAAAUAUGAAACUGAUUUUCAGCAUUCAAGAAUGAUAUAAAUAAACAUCAUUCUUCGUUAUGACUUGGUUUGUAUAAUAUUCGAAGGUUGUAUAUUUUUGCAAACACUUGUAUUCAAUGCUCUUUUAUCAUUAAAAUGUUAAUAAACA